CAUGCUAACCUAGGGGAUGGGCGAGCCCGAAAGUGACGCGUACAGUCGGCAUUGCUGGUAGCUCGGUCGAAAAGGUUUGGCGACGCUGGUUGACCAAACGCAGCGUCCAAUCACGAAGCACAGUCUGGCGCUGCUCGACUGCUUCGCAUAUUAAGAUCAAGCGAAGGAAGAAGCAGGGCACCUGGUAUCUCAAACUCGCGCUUCCCACCUAAUCAUCAUGAGCACUCAAACCUCCUCAAUCGUCUACCUCGUCUCUGGCGCGACUCGUGGGAUAGGCCUCGCUUUCGUAUCCUUGUUGGCUGAACGCCCGAACACGAUCGUUUUCGCCGGCGCUCGCGAUCCCGCCACGGCGUCCGACCUGCAGGCAGUCGCCGCAAAGCAUCCCGACAAUGUCUUCGUAGUCGAACUGAAGGCGUGUGACCAAGCAGGGAACACCCGCGCCGUCGAGCAGAUCCGCCAGAAGACUGGCCGCCUGGACGUCGUUAUCGCGAACGCUGCCAUCGCCAACAGCCUGAAGCUCCUUGUAGACGAGACACCAGAGGCUAUGCGCGAGCACUUUGAUGUCAACGUCGUCGGCACCCUCGUCCUCUUCCAAGCCGCAUACCCACUCAUGAAGGCCUCCCCAACUCGGAAAUUCGUCGUCAUGGGCGCGAAGGGCGGCAGCAUCACCAACGGCCCCGAGUUCGGUGUCCUCGUCAACGCGUACUGCUGCUCGAAGGCAGCAGUGCACUACAUGACGAAGAAACUGCAGCUCGAGAACGAGGACUUUGUGAUAUUCCCCAUAUGCCCAGGUGCCGUGGAUACCGAUAUGCUCCGCUAUGCUCAAGAGCGCGAUCCGCGGUUCGGCAACGCAAAGGGAGCAGCGCCGGAAGAGGUCGCUGCAAGCAUCCUACAAAUUGUCGACAACGCAACGAGAGAGAACGCGGGAGGGAAGUUCAUGGACGUGUCCGGAGCCGUCAAUGCUUGGUAGAGGGAAAGAUGAUGUAUCAUAACGCCUGAAGGUACGAGACCAUGUACAUCUACUCUCAGACCGUGGUCUUAUAGUGCAUCGGCUGAAGAUGAUCCUGCU